CGCGUUACCGCGUUCAUGGCGAGGCUGAACGAGCAGAUUCUUGAUCUGGGUCCCCUCUGAUUGUUUGAAUAGAUCUAAGGGCUUCUUGCACCACUGCCAGUCUGUCUCGGGGCCUCCUGUUCAGCCACUUCUUCAUAGUAUCUCAGUUACGACUAUGCCGCCACACUCUGCAUCUGAGGAUGCAAGCAACACUUCCACUGAUUCCGACUCGUCGCUCUCUGAUGACCCAGACAUGUGGAAGGCGAUAGAGAUUCUCGCCGAACGGGGCAACCGCUAUAAAGUGAAUUGGGUCGGCGAUGAUCCCGCCACUGGCAAACCUUGGCCUCCCAGUUGGGUCAACAAGGAGGAUUGUACCCGCGGACUCGUAAGGGGAUGGGAGCGAAAGAAAGCGACAAAGAAGAGAAAGAGAAGACCAGAUAGUAAACCAUGUGCUAUACCUCUGCCCUCCUGCCCUGCUGUGCAGUACUGAACGCGUGUAUUGGCAGUCCGUGCAAGACCCGCAUCUGCCAGACGCUCAAAGCGAUUGACUGCAACACGCUCGAUCUCUGUUGCUAGCGCAAAAUGGUGGCCAAUCACUGACCAAAGUCGCGACGUCGACUUCUGGUGCAUCCCGCCUGCUUGACUCUAGCCACGGGUCCCCCAGUGUCGAUGACGGUCCUCCUCGCAAGAAGUCCAAGACAAUCGUAGAAGUUGUGAUACCACUCAGGAAGCGAGACGGGUGAGAGCCAAUCACAGUGUGAAA